UCGAGACCGAAAUAAUGAUAAUCGUUACUUCUUAAUUGGCACCAAAUUAAUGAUUAUGGUAAUCUCAUGACAUGCGUUCUUGACGCUUUAAAAUGAAGAGGAGGCUUCAGUUCCACACUCUUACAGCAUCCAAGAUGGCGUAAGAAGGGGAAAACCGAAAGAGAAAGCUGCCCUCAAUGUCCGAGCUUCUCAGUAAAGGGAAAGAAUUGUUGGGUUUGUCAAAGAAGAAACAGCGGAAAGCUCGACAGUAUGAAUUUGCUAGUGACCCCGUUUCAGGACUUCGUAAUAAUAAGGGAACAUACUCUGGUCAGUCGAAAAGAAGACGAAAAGAUACAAAUUCUAUCCUUGAAACCUCAGUUCCUCAUGAACGUGAUGACCUUUCAGAGAAUGCGAGUGCAAGUUAUGGACAUGAAAGUGCGGAUCAAACCACGCGCGCGUCCAGUACAGUAGGAGGAGAAAUGAAAGAAAUCCUGUUGGAGGCACAGGAGCUUUUGCAGAGAUUGCAAGAAAGCAACCCACCAAAAAGACAAAAUUGGGCAGAAAGGCAGACACUCUAGACUGAAAGCUGGGAAGAGCAACAGUCAACAAUAUUUAAAGAGUUACUGGAAGCCACUUAUGCUGUUCCUGAAAAUAUCAUGUGCAGCAGAUGCUUAGAUAAAGCUGCAGUUGUGAGAUGUGACAUGCGUUCCACCAUGCGACACUUGUGCUCUGAAUGUGACCAGCAAGUUCAUGAAUGCUGGCCAUUUCAUGAUAGGGAUGCCAUAGUUAAUGGGCACUAUUUCCCAAUACCUGCAACAACGACAUGGAGCAGUAGUAGACAAUGGGAAAUAGUUGGUAAUCUUUCAGUUGUUUACAAUGUAUUUGUAUAUUCGUAGGAUCAAGAAAUUCCUCAUUGAUUUUUCCAUUAUACAUUGCUUGAUACAUAGAAAUAGAGUGUGAUGUAUAUUGAGAUGGGAAAAAAGAGAGAUUAUACUUCAUCCCUACAAGCCUGUUAUGUGCUUACUUACUCGAUCAUCAGAGGAUUUUGUAACAAAAUCCCCUGAUGAGUGGGUAAACAGCCUUGUAGGGAUGAUAGUAUAGUCUCUUAGAAUUUUCUCUAUCUCAAUGUAUGUAUAUAUGUAUGUAUAUAUGUGUGUGUGUAUAUGUAUAUAUAUAAAUACAUAAUGUCU